UAAGUACAUGUACAUAAGUAUGUUUAGCUUGUUACAUAAACAAAUGUAUAUGUGAAUUUACAAAUUAUAUCAGAUUUUUAUGGUUCAUGAGUUAACAAUAAGUAUUAACUUUACGACUUAAUUUUUGUUGUUACUGUCAUUUUUUUUUAUUUUUAAUUUUUACUACAGGUAUGAACUAUACUAUAAACUAUCCACAGUCGCGUAUUGGUAGUAGUACUGCCUCAUAGUUAUACCUCGUUUAACUACGUUUUUUAUUUGUAUAUAUACAGAAAAAAAUACAAACAUAUUAACUAUAAUUACAUUUUCAAUAAUUAACAUUCAAUAAAUCAAUUUUGUACCUAAUUUUCAACAAUUAUGAAUUUUUUACAAGCAGAGAUUUUAAAAAAACGUAAAGAGUUAGCAGAAAGUAAUUUACUGCAAAAUAAACGCAAGUACUUUAAAGUAGCAGAACUAACAUCAAAUAAAGUAGAAGCUUCCGAAUCAAAUAAUAAUAACACUGACACAAUUAAUACGGUGGAAAACAAAAAUUCCGAAGGCUCCGUUGAAAAUACUGUAGAGCAUCAAAAGUUAUCACGGCCAGAAGUGAUAAAACGACUAAGAGAGCGAAGUGAACCUAUUUUACUAUUUGGAGAAUCAGAAUUAGAAUCCUUUCAGCGUCUACGUAAGUGUGAAAUUCUUCAGCCUGAGGUUAAUAAAGGAUUCAGAAAUGAUUUCCAAGAAGCUAUGGAUCAAGUUGAUCAAGCUUAUUUGAAUGAAUUAUUAUCUUCGUCGAAGCCAACUAAUGAAUGUAACAAAGGAGACGUUAAUAUACCUGAUGAACAAGUUACCUACGAAGAUAUAGAAAAAAUGUCCGUGAAAUUAAAUCGAGGCGAUCGUGAUUUUGAUAUGAGUGUAAUUACACAAUUUCUGCAAUUUUUGGUUCUCAUGUGGGGUAUGCAAUUAAAUAGUCGUAGUGCUGCUGAAAAAAUGAGCACCAAAGGAAAAAUGGCCAGUGCAACCUAUGCACAGACAAGAGAAUACUUGAAGCCCUUGUUGAGAAAGUUAAAAAAUAAAUCACUACCAGAAGACAUCACUGAUAGUCUUACGGAAAUUGUUAAACAUCUUCUAGAGCGCAAUUAUAUUUUGGCAAGUGAUGCGUAUCUUCAAAUGGCAAUUGGCAAUUCUCCGUGGCCCAUUGGUGUUACUAUGGUUGGUAUCCACGCACGUACGGGAAGAGAAAAGAUUUUUUCAAAAAAUGUAGCCCACGUAAUGAAUGAUGAAACUCAAAGAAAAUACAUACAAGCGCUAAAAAGAUUGAUGACUAAAUGCCAAGAAUAUUAUCCAACAGAUCCUUCACGAUGUGUCGAAUACACUAAAGUAUAAGUUUAUUUAAUAAUAAUUUAAAUUACUGUAAAUAAUUUUCUUUCGUUAAAUUAAUUAUACGAACUCGUUGAUAAUGAAUAAUUAAUAAUUUAAAUUUUGUAUGGAGCAUGAACUUAAACAAAUACAUUAAGUUAAAAAUAC